UGCGGUAUGCCAGGCAGCUGUAUUUGAGCUUUGAUACGUCUCUAGCUCUCAAUUUUGCUGCUACAAGCACGGGGAACCACUUCUUACGCUUUAACAAUGCCUACAACAAUGGAAGUGAGUAUCCCAGGGCCCGGACCCUGGGGAUUUCGUCUAACUGGAGGGAAAGACUUCAAUCUACCGUUGCGUAUUUCUAAGACUACACCGGGUGGAAAAGCUAAUCAAGCGAAAAUUUUACCAGGUGAUAUUGUUCGAUCAAUCAAUGGAGAAAGAACUCAUAACAUGACACAUUUGGAAGGGCAGACACUCAUCAAACAGGCUAAAAGUUUGAAAAUGAUCAUAGAAAGGGGUUCAGGGUUCACUUCAUCACCACCUCCACCACCCAUAGUACAGCUGAAACCAUUGGAAACUAAAGAAAAGCAUAAGAUACCAAUGGGACCACGUGAAUAUUUUCCAGCUGGAACUGUAGUUUACGAGACACCUGGCCAUGUUUAUGAAUUGUCACCGACUACAAGCAGACAGAAAGCAGCUAUGUUUCCAACACCUCUUAAGAAAACUCCUACUCCACGUGCACCACCGAUCACAAAGGUACCAUUUCGUGGGACUGCUAUGGGAGGAACGGCCACAGUGGUGCACAAUCAAUACAAUUCCCCAAUGGGUCUUUAUUCGGCGAAUAACAUUGCUGACACUUUCAGAGGUCAAACUGAAGGAAUGAUCACAGGAGUCUUAGGAAAUGACGAUUUUAUUGAAAUUGACAAAAGUGCUUGCAUACAGCUGCCAACUGCCGCACAGAUCCAGUAUACUCACCCAUACCAUGGCGGGUUUGAAAACAGCCAUACUAACCCAAUCAACCAAUCACGCUCAUUCCGAAUCCUUCAACAACUCACCGAGGAUGGACACCAGUUUUAGUAGUCCUAAUGCUGUACGCAUGUACGUAACUAAGCGAUACUCACAUGCGCAAAAUGUAUGCGUAGUAAAUGCCUGUGCACACAAUUAUGGUAUCUUUUUGCGUGAUUUCAUUUCUAUAUUAUUCUUGCACGCAAUCCUACUGUAAACACCGAAAUCACAUUUGCCUUCAACACCUACUGCAACAAUAUAUGCAAUUCCGUUUGGGAAGGAAUUUUUAGUGAGGCAAUUUAGUUGGAUAGUAAACGAUGUAUUGUGGACUUAUUCUAAUAUUAGAUUAGAUGCAUGAAGUGAACUUUGAGUUUAUAAUAAUAUAUUUUGUAUAAACCGAGAAUUCAAGCCUGUAGGUAAUAACGAGAUAUAUACAAAGAAUACAUAAUAAUACUCAUUAUUUUCGUCUCAUAUUACCAAUCGAUAAAAAGAAUUAAAAUAUUUAAUAUUAUAUUGCGCCAUAUUUAAAACAAAAAUAGAUCAUAGGCAUAUAACUAUGCACAUUUAAAAAUUCAAAAUGUUUUCAAUUAAGAAAACAUUGAAUAAAUAGUAAUAGUUCGCCAACAUUUGCUAUUCAAUAUUAAUCUGCGAUAAAUGUUGUAGGCCUACAUUAAAAAGAAUUAAACAAAAGGUACUUCACAGAUGAAAAAAAAAACACAUAUCAAAAAAGAAAAUUAACAAAUGUUUCUUAUAAAGUUCAAGAUUAAAAUGUAAGAUUUAUGAUGACUGCGUUUAAAACUAUAAUACGAUUUGCAUUCGCCGGCUGUUUAAGACAAACUUUCUUGCUGUGUCACGUGUCUACCAGCCGUUCGAAGACAGAAGUAUCGAUUUCAUACAGUCAUCACAAGUUAGUAAUUGAUCAAAAUAUCAUUUAUAAUGCAUCAAUGAAUAUUUUAAAGAAAUACAAUAGAAUGUCUAAAAUUAGUUGAUUAUUAUUGAUGGGUUUUAGGUAGUACAAAUACAUACUGACGCAACAUUUUGUGAGAACCACUUAAUUUUAUCUACAUAACUGCCAAAACAAAAAUUGCGAACCUAAAGAUAACAUGUGACGUCAGAGUCUAGAUGAAUCAAAUGCUCAGGAAGGCGUAUUAAGUUAGAAUGUAAGGUGAGAACUGAUGUGUAUAUUAUACAAGAUGUGUGAAUACAAAAUAAAAAAGGAAAGGAUUAUUUUACAAAACUUGA